AGUUAUUAACCCAAACGAUCACGACUAACUCGCGAUGCUCUUGGGAGGGGGAGGGGGAGGGGGCUACGAAUACGGUGGUUAUAAAUCCGUGAUUUAACUUCAGUGGCCGUCUGCGAGCCUGCACCAUAGGUCUCCUCCUGCCUCCACGUCCAGCAAGCUGCGUGUCUCCUCAGAUGCUGAGGGAGUAGCUCAGGAAGGAGGGUGGGCAGAAAAACCAAAAAAAAAAAAAAAAAAGAAAAAGACAGGACAAAGAUUUCAGCACCGGAGCUGUCCGCGGCUCUUGGAGAAGUCUCUAUUCCUGCCAAGAGUGAAGCUGCUUCCGACUGUAAAUUUACUCUGUGGGACUGUGAAGGGAAGGAAUAAUAAACUGCCCAGCCAUUCAUCUCUCUGCGGGGCUACCGACUGGCGAGGAAAGGCGCUCAUACUUCAUUCGAGCAAAGUCUUGCCAUGCUGGACGGCCGGGCUUGAGACAGAAAGGAUAAAGUCAGAACACCAGCCUUUACUCUUUAAGCCAUGGGAGUGCUCAUGUCAAAGAAGCAACAGGUGGAGAAGGUGCAGAAAUGCAAUGCUGUCGUCUCUGCCUUCCAGGCAGGCAUUAAGGACCGCCCUGCCCCAGCCAAACAGGGAGAAGUAGAAGUGGAGGAAGGGGAAGGCCCUGCCAAACCUUCAGCCAGUCCUGACGAGAAGAACAUUGAGGAGGCAGAGCAAGAGGAAACGGACAAUAACGCAGGCCCGUCGACCUCCCAGCAGGCCUCAGCAAUAUCCAGGGAUGAUUGUAAGAUCAACCAGGAGGCUUGGUCCAGGUUACGGGACGGGAAAGGUGUGGAGCCUGAAGACCUUGACAAGAGUCAUCAGCUCACGCCGCCAGCGUUUGUGCGACCCAAAAGGGAAGCUGAUGAUGACCAGCCUGUAGAGGUGGAGCUGGAAAAGAAAGAGCAGCCACCAAGUGAUGAGAUGUGUGACGUGUGUGAGGUGUGGACGGCCGACGACCUGUACCCCUGCAGGAUCUGUACUCGGGUGUUCCACGAUGGCUGCCUCAGGGAGCUGGGCUAUCUGCGUGCCGAGGCCCUGCAGGAGAUGAGAGAUACAGCCCACACUGUCACUGGCUGGAGCUGCUACUAUUGUGAUAAUCUGAAUCUACUCCUAACAGAGGAAGAGAUGUACAGCCUUAUGGAGACCUUCAAGCAGUGCAAGAUCAUCCCAGAGUCAUGCCUGGUGUCAGAUGAGCUGCUGCAGUACCGCCACUUUGCAUCCAAGCAGCAGUUUGAUAAGGACCUGACUGAUGAGCAAGAGGAGGAAGUCCUGGCCCAGUUUGCAGCGCUGGAUCCUGAGAAGAAGGGUCACAUCGAAUGGUCGGACUUUCUCUACUUUGAGUCUUUGGUAGUGUUGAGGAAGUUUCGCACAGAGAACUCACUGGUGCGUAUGUUGACUGCCAAGGAGAGAGACAACGCACGGUCAGUGUUCCUGGGUCUGGGUCUGGAUAAAGACGGCAUGAUCACGAGAGCAGAAUGCCGCCAGGCCCAGCAGUCCUGGUUCCACAAGCUCAACAAAGACUCGCAGUCUUGCAAUGUGAGCAUUCCCCACAGACUCAUGGGACUCUGCUCUCCUAUGAAUUGUGGUAUAAGUCAUGUUGGCCCCAUAUGUGAGAGCAGUCCAGCCAGCUCUGGGAGCGAGAGGAGCAAGACUGAUGAAAGCAGGCCAGUGACCUGGGCAGACUUUUUAAAGGAGAGUGCCAUCUAUAUUUUGGCUGCGCGGCCCAAUAGUUCUGCCAUGCACAUCCGUCUGCCUCUAUAAUCAAGGAUCCUCCACUGCACCCCAGCAGAGAGAGGGCGAGAGAUAGAAGGUGUGCCCUAUAGUCUACAGAUGAGCGGAGGAAGAUAGACCUAACGGCACGAUGACAUGAGGAAGGCAACUGAGCGAACUGGAUGAAGCACCGAGAGACAGCAGAUCAAGCCAUCGACAGAAUCUCUCCUCCUCUGCGUCUCCUCAACCCCACAACACUGACAACACACACGCUGACUGACACACCGACGACGCAAGUGACAGCAGCUGUCACAGAUCCCAACUCCAAAACUUGACGGCUUCCAACAAAUGUGAGAGAUAGGACGAGGAAGACAACCACCCACUCACAACUAGUCAGUGAUCUUUCUGAAACCUUUGAGUGUAGAGAUCAUGCACACAAUCAGACAAGCUCCUUGGAUGCUCACACACUUUAUUAAAUGACAAAUACUACACUCUACAGCCCUCCAGCUACAUAACACACCUCUCCAUGUGGGCACGUUAGUGUGACAUGAAGUAUUCAUUCCUUUGGGUCUCAUCAUGUCCUAAUAAUAGUUCCAUGCUACUGUAAUGGGAUUGUGUUAUUCCCCAUUAAAAUUGUUAAUCACACUACACAAACACACAUGCAAAUUCAUUAUUGGAUACUGUUUGAUAAGUGGAUGGGCUUAGGGGAGAAGAUUAACCCUGCAUCUGCCAUUAUCAGAACAUAUACCAAACAGGAAUGAAAACUAUCCGCGUACAUAAUAUUAUAUGAGAACUGCUAUUCAUACCAGUAUAAAUUAUCAUUAUGCAUUAGUAAUGCUGUAUUUAUUCCUGUAUCCUCUGAUAUAUCCUCUGUUUUCCCCUUUCUCAUCCAAGAAUCUAUGUUCUUCUGAAGUACUAACUGUGAAAAAGGAUGUGAAGUGAACGUUAACAAAAGCUAAUCCAGUAAGUGAUGUGUAUAUACUGCCAUAUACUGUAGUACAUUUUGUUCCUGUUGUGCUCAGAGCUGCACUUUGACAAGGUGGAAACAUCUGCCCUCCUGUUAGUGUCAUUAUUUGCACUGUGGGAAUGAGCUGUAGAUGGACUACUGUGUGACAUAAUCACUGUAAUGAAAUACUGAAAGAUAAUGAGAGAUGUGCUGCAAACAUUUGUCCUUUGUUAAUAUGCAGAAGCACUGUUUAAAAAUUGCUUUGGAAAAUGUGGUGGGGAUUCUAUAAUGUUAUACAACAAUUUAAAUGCACAUGAAACUGCCUAUAGUAUCACUGGAACAAGUAGAACUUCAUGUAAUGUUUAUGCCAGGUCAAUGCAAGGUCCUCUUAAUGAAUAAAGUAUGUUAAGACAUGAAUUUUGAUUGUCUGAGGGAUAUGUCACUGCGCUGAAAUAAAUGCAUGGCAUUUACUCUUCA